ACUUGUGCUCAGUUGUUUGUGUGCGUUGCAUAAUUAGGUCAACAGAAGAAAGAGUUGAAACAGCAAUCCCUCCGCCCCUUUGCCGACUAUAUAAGCCAGGCUGAAUCGGAUCCAAAUCAUCAGUUGUUCAACUCAUCAACUCAAGUCAACAUGAAAUUGUUCAUCAUCGCCGCUGUCUUGGCCAUGGCCGCCGCUGCUCCGUCCAGCUACAAGCCGGAAUACAAAGCUCCCGAAAUCACCAUCGUCAGCCAAUCCGAUGUGCGCAAUAUCGAUGGCAGCGGUGCAUGGAGCUAUGCUGGAUCUGACGGAACUACCCGCGAUGAGGCUUACGCCCAGAAGACCUUCAAGGGAGUCACCUACGAUUCUUACGGCAAAGAAUCUUACGGUGAUGUCCAAGGAAACACCAACACCGGAUCCUCUUACUGGGUUUCGCCCGAAGGCCAGCGUCUCACUCUGACCUGGGUUGCCGAUGAUGCCGGAUUCCAGCCCAAGGGCGAUCACUUGCCCGUCGCUCCCGUCCAUGAAUUCGAACUCCCCGUCGCUCCCGUCCACAUCCCCUUCGACGGCAAAGGCUUCAAGAUCUACUAAAUAACGAUAUCUCUUGAUUGAUGUGUGCCUUUCUCUUCCCCCAUCCUAUGUCCAUCCUCUCCAUGCUGGCCCUGUUUACUUUUUGUUAGAAAUUGCCACACUUUCUGUGUUUCUUUUGAAUUGUAAGGCCGUGCACUUGGUAUUUAUUUUAAGAAAAUAUAUACUAUCUGUUCAUAUCUCUUAAA